AUGAGUAAGCAUAGCUUUCAUCGGCCAUUUAAAUGCAAUGCUUGUGGUAAAUCUUUCAAGUACAAAUGUGAUUUGAAGGCACACAGACUGAUACAUCAGGAUUUGGAUACAAGUUUGCUUCACUGUUGCGACAAGUGUGACUAUCGUACAAAAACUAAGAACAAUUUGAAGUCGCAUUACAUAAGAAGACAUACCGACGAUUACAAAUUCGCAUGUGAACAUUGUGGCAAACGUUUCAAAAUGGAAUGGGACUUGAAGUUUCACAUUGGUACUCACAGUAGUUCACGACAUAUGUGUGACAUUUGUGGAAAAUUUUAUACCAGUGAUUACUCCUUGUACAAACACAGAAAGGUCGCUCAUUUGAACGAAUACAAUUUUCAAUGCGACGUCUGUAACAAAAGGCUUCUAACUCAGGAAAAUCUCAACAAUCAUAUGCGUCAACACGACAGAACAUACGAGUGCAAAGAAUGUGGCAAGGUCUUCGCAACGAAAAGAUAUUUGGCUACGCAUACGACCACUCAUACAGGUGUUAAACCUUACGUUUGUCAAAUUUGUAAGAAGAACUUUCGUACGUCUCAUAUGAGGAAUACACAUUUAUUAACACAUUCAGCGGAUAGACCCCAUGUCUGUGAUCUUUGUGGACAAGCUUUCAAAAGACGAUACUACAUGAUCGAACAUCGAAGGAAACAUCCGGAUUCUCAUCUAUCUUCGCCUCCUAUGCCGUUUGCAAAAAAUAGGAAUACUUUCGAAGCCAAGAUCGAUUCUAAAUCGGACAUUGUAACUUAA